AUGACAUCCAACAACCUACCUUUAAAUCCACCAUUCACUUGUACCGGUGAAAAUGACCAAACUUGGUCUGUGAAGAUGCAAGCUUUUUUUGAAGCCUAUGAACUUUGGGAAACUGUGACGGAUGAUAAACCACUUGUUGCUCUACCAGCAAAUCCUACCUUGGCUCAGAUCAAAUCCAACAACGAAGAGAAGGCAAAGAAAUCUAAAGUCAAGUCGCUUAUGCAGAAUGCUGUGGCAGAUUCUAUGUUUUACAGAAUCAUAGCUUGCAAAACUGCAAAAAAGGCUUGGGAUAGGUUGAAAGAAGAAUAUCAAGGCAACGAUAGAACACGUCAAAUGCAAGUGUUGAACCUGAAAAGAGAGUUUGAGUCCUUGACUAUGCAGGAGGAUGAAACUAUCAGUAAGUAUGCUGAUAGAAUCUCCUUAUUUGUUAAUAACAUUGGACUUCUUGGUGAAGAAUUUACAGACAAACAAAUUGUGGAGAAAGUGCCUGUGACUCUUCCUCAGAGGUUUGAAUUUAAGAUUUCCUCUCUUGAAGAAUCCAAGGACCUGGGCAAACUUUCAUUAAGUGAACUAAUGAGUGCUCUUUAA